AUGUCGUCGCCUCCCGAGAUGACAGAAAUGUACGACAACGCGCUGCUGGGCAUUCUUCAGCAUGUAGGAAACAUUCAGGACUUUCUUCAAAUCUACUUUGGCUUCUUGUACCGCAAAACCGAUUUUUACCGACUCCUUUCCGGUCCCGGUGACAAAAUGGGAUUCCCGCCAGGUGUUGCCGAGAAGAUGGUCCUCAAGACGUUCAAGAUGUUUGAGAAGUUUUCUGAGCAGAACCGCGAGCUGCAGAAGCGACGGGCUGAGUCUGUGCCGGUUCCCGUGGCUGUCCAGGAGCUGGAAAUCUCUUCAGAAUCAAUGAGCGCCUCUUCCUCCGAUCCCAUCCCAGAGUCCCAACCCACUCCCAACACCGCUGGCGGCGACCAGGCAGCCACGUCGUCCAGCUCGGAAAAGCCCAGCAUGAAGACAUCCGCGUCCGACUCGGAGAGCUACAAUGGAGCCGUGCGUGACAAGUACAAGUGGUCCCAAGACUACAAUGACGUGGAGGUGCGCGUCUUCGUGCCCGAGGAGGUGGUCAAAGGCAAACAGGUGAGCGUGAACCUGAGCAAUGGCAGCGUGCGUGUCUGCGUGCGCGUGGGCGCCGAAGAGCGCACUCUGCUGGACGGGAACUUUGCACACAAGAUCAACACGGAAAAUUCUCUGUGGAGCCUGGACCCUGGAAAAUGCGUAGUGCUGUCGCUGAACAAGUCGUCAGAGGUGUGGUGGAAGUGCGUGCUGGAGGGCGAGGAGGAGAUCGACGUGGAUAAACUGAACCGUGAGCGCUCCAUGGCCACCGUGGACGAGGAGGAGCACGCCGUCCUCGACCGCCUGACCUUUGACUACCACCAGAAGCUGCAAGGAAAGCCGCAGAGCCAUGAAAUGAAAGUGCACGAAAUGCUGAAAAAGGGCUGGGAUGCAGAGGGCUCGCCUUUCAAGGGUCAGCAGUUCGAGCCAUCCAUGUUCGACAUCCCGCCCGGCGCCGUACAGUUCUGA